CGAUCUUUGUCAUCUUCAAUCGCACCCGUCCAUUCUCUAUGAUGUCCUCUCUACUUAAUGUCUCUACGAAAUUAGGGUUUUCCCUCCCUGCUUAGGGUUUUGCUGAGCGAGAGAGAGAGAGAGAGAAUGGUGAAGUUUCUGAAGCCAAACAAGGCGGUGGUCCUCCUCCAAGGCCGCUACGCCGGCCGCAAAGCGGUGAUCAUCCGAUCGUUCGACGACGGCACCCGUGACCGUCCAUAUGGGCACUGUUUGGUUGCCGGAAUAGCCAAGUACCCGAAGAAGGUGAUCCGUAAGGACUCGGCCAAGAAGACCGCGAAGAAGUCCCGCGCGAAGGCCUUCAUCAAGCUGGUGAACUACAACCACGUUAUGCCCACGCGCUACACCCUUGACGUCGAUCUCAAGGACAUCGUUACGCUCGACGCCCUUCAGUCCCGCGACAAGAAGAUCACCGCCGCCAAGGAAACCAAGGCCAAGCUAGAGGAGAGAUUCAAGACCGGCAAGAACAGGUGGUUCUUCACCAAGCUCAGGUUCUGAGACUCCAAAAAUACUACAUUUGUUACAUCUCUCACUUGGAUUGACCUCGAAAAUGGUUUUUGUUAUGCUUCAAUUAGAGCUAUGAAAACUUUUUUUUUUAAUUUAGUUAUAUUUUUUCUUUUUUGGGAGAGACUGUUUUGAUAUGGCGCUUUUGGAAUUUUUGAAGUAAGAGUUGGGUUUAAACCUCUCUUAGUGGAUUCUAUUUUUUUCUGCCUC